AUGACCGCCGGAACCAUCAAUUCAGACACACAGACACCCACGGCGAUGGGGCCGGCCGUCGAUGGCGCACAGGCGCCCUAUAACUUUCCGACCCAGAAGCUGAAGCGCCAGAUGACGCAGCCUGGAAAGACACCCCUGGUGUUGGUCGCUUGUGGUUCAUUCUCUCCGAUCACCUAUUUGCAUCUCCGCAUGUUUGAAAUGGCGGGCGAUUUUGUGCGAUUCAAUACCGACUUCGAAGUUUGCGCCGGAUACUUGUCACCUGUCAGCGACGCUUACAAGAAGGUGGGGCUCGCGCCGGGCUCCCACCGGGUCAACAUGUGCGGCCGGGCCGUUGAGCAAUCGCCCUGGCUCAUGGUUGAUCCCUUUGAAACGGUAAACUGCGACGAAAACGGCGAGCCGCAAUAUGUCCCGACGGCCAAGGUCUUGCGCCACUUCGACCACGAGAUCAACACGGUGCUUGGAGGCAUUGAGGCCCCCGAUGGGCAAAUGAAAAAGGCCCGGAUAGCACUUCUAGCUGGCGCCGACUUGGUUAUGUCCAUGGGUGGGUUUGAUACAGGGUCGCGUGUCUCAAACGUCAAACUAACGUGCACUAGGGGAGCCUGGGCUUUGGGCUCCAAAGGAUCUGGACACGAUCCUCGGGUCGUACGGCGCUUUCAUCAUCGAGCGCUCGGGGACUGA